AAUUAAUUUCCUUUUCAAAAAAUACACUCUGUGUCAUUUAUUUUCUUUUGAAUAAUGCAGUUAUUUGACAAUACUGUGAGGGGCGCACCUCACAGUAUUGUCAAAUAAUAGCGCUUGCAGCUUUAGUUGAUGAUUGUAACACUUGACAAAUUCGCCCUUGACAAAUACAGCUACUCUAUUUUUAUUUUUUAUUUUUGGUAUUUGUUACUUAAGCCUUCAUUGAAACAGAUAUGUGAGAACCAUCUCUUGCGCGCACAGUAGGUCCUGUCAGGUGAAGAAAUGGGUGGAGUUUCCCCAACUUAGUCAUUUGCAAUGGAGAUGCUACAGCAGCGCUGUUUUAGCACAUGUCUGAUGUCGGCCAGGUUUGCUUUAAGAACGGCUUUGCAUUACAUUUGUCGCGAUUGUAAAACCAAGGUGCGCGCAAACACAAAGCGCACCGUGCAGCUGUGCCGUUUCCGACUGCGAUUCUGAUGCUGAUGGCCUCGUUAAGGCGACUGCUGCAGCUUUUCUUAACUGGCUGCGGGAAGCCCUACCAUGGCCAUUUUCAUGGUCAAACCACCCACGGGCAUCCAGAGGUGGCAAACUAAACGAACCCACAGGGGGUUCCGAGUGAGAAAGCCUUGAUUUCUUAUCACGUGCUAGGCCUGGUGUUAAAAUUCUCAAGACACCCCCCCGCCCCCACACGCACACACCACUCUGCUGCUGUGCGAUUUGUAAUAUAAAAUGUAAGUUUUAACUUGUUAUUUGUUUCUUAGAACAAGACAGUUACAGGUCGAUGAAGAAUCAAAGAUUUCGAUACCGGCAACCAUAAAAACAAAAACAAAAACAAAAUCCCAAACCCAACAACUAGUAAAUCAGAUGCAAUGUUUUUUGUAUAAGAGUGUGCGCGCGCGCGCACGCCGCGCAAUUUGACUUGUCUCCGCUUCCAGGAUUUGUAUAACUGAAAUAAAACGCGUAAUAAACACAAUAAUAACAUACUGGCACCGUGGUGUUUCUAUGUAUUGUGUGAAUGGGCCUUACGCACAUCAGGACCACGCAAUUCCCCUUUCCUCAUUUGUUUGCUUCCCGGGGCUCCCCGCGGUGUAAGGCUACUCUGAUAGGUCCAGAGGGUUAAUGGGACUGGCCUGGAGGGCAGCAGCUUACUAGGAUAUAAAGCCACAGCUCUCAUCACGAUAGCACAAGAAGUAUCAAUAGAUUCGCUUUUACGCACAGUCGAGGGGCCUGUUGGUUUUUACGCACGGCAAACCAUUAAGGCCUCUUUGGCACAGUUUAGUUUUUACGCGUUUGUGAGAAAUCUUAGGUGUGACCAUGACUCUCUCAAGUGAAUUUGAAGCUUCACAACAUGCCGGAUUGCCUAUACAAGAGGAUGCGAUUGACAUAGUAGGCGAGGAUGUCCACUAUCGAAAUGAGUGCUCUACGGGUUCCUCAGCAGAAUCUGGUGCGGAAUUUGACUCUUCAGAACCAGAAUCGUCGGGGGAAAGCGAGAACAGUUUCUGCGCAGACGCACCGGCGUCAAGGAAAGCCCAGAGCAGCUCGGUAAAGCCCCCGUACUCCUACAUUGCUCUCAUCACCAUGGCUAUCCUGCAGAGCCCGCUGAAGAAGCUAACGCUUAGUGGCAUAUGUGACUUCAUUAGCAACAAGUUUCCCUACUACAGAGACAAGUUUCCCGCUUGGCAGAAUUCGAUCAGGCACAACCUCUCCCUUAACGACUGUUUCAUCAAGAUUCCGAGGGAGCCCGGAAACCCGGGAAAGGGCAACUACUGGUCUCUGGACCCUGCUUCGGAGGACAUGUUCGACAACGGCAGUUUCCUUCGCCGGAGGAAACGGUUCAAGAGAAACCAGCCCGAGUUCGGCAAAGACGGACUGAUGUUUUAUUCCAGCUUUAACUGCUGCCGGCCGUACGGACACCCAUAUAGCAUAACUGGCCAGGUAAGCCACACGGCUGCCUCUUCUGUUCGUUACAUGCCCCUGCAGGAAAGCAUCGUGAUGCCUUCCUCAUCCUACCACCUCCUACCACAACCCCUGAACAGCCACGGAAAGUGCGUUGGGCCUAAAGACUUAAGAGCACAGCUUUGCGCAGCAGAUCCAGCUGAGCCGAAGUCCGGCCCACAGGCAAAGUGCUCCUUCAGCAUCGACAGCAUCAUGAGCAGACCCUCUUCUAUCAGUCAGCACAACUCAAAUCCACAGCAAGGCCCGCACGGUGCUCUCGGUUACGGUCAACUCAUGCCUGGCCCUGCUGCCUGUUUGGUUCCGACCCUCCUGCAGCCUUCAAGGAAUCAGUUUUGCCCUCCUCCCAUCCUGAGCACUGCUCCUUUUAUAAACGAGCACCUCAGACUGUCGUACCCUCGUUGCUGAACCCUUUGAAAACACUUUACAGUGUCUGUAUGUUUGGCGUAGCUCAUUUCUUAAAGAAAUGUUUUUUUUAUUGCAUGAUAUUUAUGUGCGUUAUGUCUGUAAAUAAGAUGUGUUGUAAUAUAUUUGUCAAGGUUGCUUCAGGGGAAAACUUCGUCAAUGUGAAUGUGUUUUUUUUUUAUUAAGUAACGUGGCAAAAUAAAAUGAAUAUGUGGGAAACGAUUGCAAGUUUUGUUAUAAUCUGAGUCAGUGCACAGUGCUCGUAAGAGCUAUAGGUGGAUUUACUCAGAGCAGAAAUUAUUGUUUGUGUGUAAGUUUGAAAAAACACUUAGAUUUUCUAUAUUUCUGUAGUCUUUAUUGAUAUUUGUACCUGAAGUACAGGUGAUGCCAAACUUUUAUUUUAGCUACAGCAAAAAUGACUUACUAUAAUUUAACUGACAGUAUUUACCGUAAGGGUUCAACAUUGUGUUGGCCUGCUUCCUCUUGAUCAAUUGAACUCACUUGUAGUCUGCAGGCUACAAGAAUGAUGACAAAAAUCAGGUUUUAUUAAAGUAAGUCAAUGUCAAAUUAUAAAAACACAUUUCCAACCAGGAAAUGAAUAAAAGCUAUACAAACGCAGGCCUUAAACUCGCACUGGUCAUUGCCGAUAAAAUAAUGAAACUCACUCAAAUGAAAGUUAAUCAGCAGGUUUUAGAAAUGAAAUUCUGUAUCCCUAAUUGGUACUCUCACGUUUACGUGUUUCAUCAAGUAUACAAAAUAUAAUAAUGAUAAUUAAAAGUCACUUUUUCCAUUCUGCCUCAAGGUCGCACUGUUUCCAAAAUAUUGGAGCAGAUGUUAGCGCACUGAAGUUGGUCCGUGUUAUGGGAUGGGCUACUUAAGAAUUUACAGAACACCCAGAAUUCAAGAUCUAUCGAAACAUUUUCAAUUCAGAAAAUAAUAACAAUUAAAUAAAAACGGUACACUCUGAUACUUCUAGAUUUCUGUGACUAUAGUAAUGGCCUGGGUUAGAGUGAAAAGCACACACACACACACACACACACACAGGCGUGUCCGGUUGCAGACCGGUGCCGACACA